ACUUCAGGAGCUGGAUGAGGUCUGCAAAGCAAGAUGCAGUAAUAUGUCAUCUCCUCUAAGGAGGACUAAUGCACUUGCUGACGAUCGUAUGGCACUGGUGUCAGGAAUAAGUUUAGAUCCUGAAGCAGCAAUUGGUGUAACAAAACGCUUACCUCCAAAAUGGGUUGAUGGAGCAGAAGAAAUUCAGUAUGAUAUCACCAGGGUUAAACAGAAGAUGAAAGAAUUAGCCAGUCUUCAUGAUAAACAUCUAAACAGACCAACAUUGGAUGACAGCAGUGAAGAAGAACAUGCAAUAGAAAUAACCACUCAAGAGAUCACACAGUUGUUUCACAGGUGUCAGAGAGCAGUCCAAGUGUUGCAGAGCAGGUCACGCAGUUGUACAGAACAAGAACAACGUGUUCUCAGGAAUGUAGUGUCUUCCCUAGCACAGUCCCUUCAGGAUCUAUCCACCAACUUUAGGCAUGCACAGUCUGACUAUCUAAAACGCAUGAAGAACAGAGAAGAAAGAUCCAAACACUUUUUUGACACCUCCGUUCCACUUAUGGAUGAUGGUGAAGACAAUACACUUUAUGAUAGGGGUUUUACAGAUGACCAGCUAGCACUGGUGGAGCAAAAUACGUUAAUGGUUGAAGAACGGGAACGAGAAAUCCGUCAGAUUGUACAGUCAAUCUCUGAUCUGAAUGAAAUAUUUAGGGACCUGGGAGCAAUGAUAGUAGAACAGGGAACAGUUCUAGAUAGAAUUGACUACAAUGUUGAGCAGUCAUGUGUCAAAACUGAAGAGGGCCUAAAACAGUUGCAUAAGGCAGAGCAAUAUCAAAAGAAGAAUCGGAAGAUGCUUGUUAUUUUAAUUUUGUUUGUUGUAGUAAUUGUCCUUAUUGUUGUUCUCAUUGGCGUAAAGUCACACUAGGUUUCACUUUUCUUAAUUUUUUGGAUUUUGUGAACUUUUUUCCCAAUGUGAAUGGAUGGACCUGCACUCCAGAAAGCUGCCUUUGAAUGUAUAAGCCCUCGUGGUACAAAGCUUGUGCAAUGCUUCAGAAGAACUUUGGAAGUACAAGUCUGGUCAUCUGUGAGGUGUUU